AUGUCACAACAACAAACUUCAUCUAGUUCAAAAACUACUAAGCCUACUCACAAGGAUAGCACUCCUUCCAUGGAAUUUCUCGAUGAUGAAAUUUUGGAUGUGGUUCCUCUAUCUGUUAUUCCAGGCAAAGCCCUUGACUCAAAUCAUCCCAUGGAUGCAUCUGCUUCUGCAUGCCCCACUCAAGGAUAUUCUGUGAAGGGAGUCUCUACUCAUCUGUCUAGAAUGUACCCCUCUCCUGAGGUUGAACCUAAUAGUGAGAAGGAUGAAGAUUCCUCUAGAUCUGAGAAGGAUAUGGCUGCUGAAGGUUUAUGCUCUCUAGGGAAAACUGUGUCUGGUAAAAAAUUUGUGGCAUCUACAACUGCCAAUGCUUCACAUUCUGAGAAGCAUGAUUCUGCAAACAAUCCUAAUGUGGAUAAGCGGAUGAAGACUAGAAAAGGUAGAUCUGUGGCUGAAAUGAUGUCAGCUAAAACAGCUAAGAAGACUGUUGGUGUAGGUCCUUCCAAAUCUUGGAGCAAAGUUGAUGUGAAGAAGAGGAACAUGAGAGAAGUUUCUGAGUCUGACGAAGAUGUUAAGGAAGAUGUCCCUGACAUCUCCCCUGUGAAGAGGACAACUGUGAGGAAGUCCCUUGUGGAAGUUGCUGUUGUGCAUUUGGACAAUAUCUCUUUCCAUCUUGAAGAUGGAGCUGCCAAAUGGAAGUUUGUGAUUCAAAGAAGGGUGGAUGUAGAUAGAGAGUUAGGAAAGGAUGUUGUUGAAGUUAAAGAGGUCAUGGAACUAUUAAGAAUGCUAGAUUAA